GGUUCGAAAGGAGGGAAACGAAAACCUAAAACCCUAAAAACUUCUCCUUUUUUUUCGCAUUUCUUCUCUGUGUUUUCUCUUCUUUCUCCAGUUCAUAAAACUCUCACUUCUGGGUAGUUCAAAAUUUUCCAUUUUUUUGAUCCCUCGUGUUUUCUUGGGUCUGUUUCUUUAACUGUGGUUUAGUAAAAGUGGAGAAGAAGCUUUAGUACUUUUCAAUGGCGAGGAUACUCCGUAACGUGUCUUCUCUGAGACGCUCUCUGUUCUCGUCAGAGGUAUUUAAUAGCAGUGUGGUUGGAACAUCAUUUCAGCUUCGAGGCUUUGCUGCCAAAGCUAAAAAGAAAUCUAAGUCAGAUGGAAAUGGAUCAUCUGAGGAAGGUAUGUCCAAAAAGGAGAUUGCUCUUCAGGAAGCACUUGAUCAGAUUACAAGUUCAUUUGGCAAAGGGUCAAUAAUGUGGCUCGGUCGUGCUGUUUCUCCUAGAAAUGUUCCAGUUUUCUCUACCGGAUCUUUUGCCCUCGAUUUAGCAUUGGGAGUCGGUGGUCUUCCUAAGGGGCGUGUUGUGGAGAUAUAUGGUCCUGAAGCAUCAGGAAAGACAACACUUGCUCUUCAUGUUAUUGCAGAAGCACAAAAACAAGGAGGAACCUGUGUCUUUGUAGAUGCUGAGCAUGCUCUUGACUCGUCACUUGCUAAGGCAAUCGGUGUAAAUACAGAAAAUCUGCUUCUUUCACAGCCUGAUUGUGGUGAACAGGCCCUUAGUCUUGUGGACACUUUAAUCCGAAGUGGUUCAGUUGAUGUUAUUGUAGUUGACAGUGUAAGUAAGGUGGCUGCUCUUGUACCUAAAGGAGAACUCGAGGGCGAGAUGGGUGAUGCCCAUAUGGCUAUGCAAGCCAGAUUGAUGAGCCAAGCUUUGCGUAAAUUGAGCCAUUCUUUAUCGUUAUCACAAACACUUCUGAUCUUUAUAAAUCAGGUGAGAUCAAAAUUAUCUACAUUUGGAGGAUUUGGAGGUCCAACAGAAGUUACGUGUGGUGGAAAUGCUUUGAAGUUUUAUGCUUCUAUGCGUUUGAAUAUUAAGCGAAUUGGACUUAUCAAGAAAGGUGAAGAGACAACGGGGAGUCAAGUCUCGGUGAAGAUAGUGAAGAACAAACUCGCUCCGCCAUUUAGGACUGCUCAGUUUGAGCUUGAAUUCGGCAAAGGAAUCUGCAAGGUCACAGAGAUAAUCGACCUGAGCAUAAAGCACAAGUUCAUCGCGAAAAACGGAACAUUUUACAAUCUCAACGGUAAAAACUACCAUGGGAAAGAGGCCUUAAAGAAAUUCCUGAGACAGAACGAAUCUGAUCAAGAAGAGCUCAUGAAGAAGCUUCAAGACAAGCUCAUGGCCGAUGAAGCUGCAGAUAAGGAAUCUGAAUCUGAACCAGAGGAAGAAGAUUCACUGAGAGUUGUGGUUUCACCGGACAACACAGAUGAUGAAUCAACAGCUCCUGAUGUUGUUGCUGCUGCAGUUGUCGUUGAAGCAGCAUGAUCAGAGACCUCCGGUUUAGUAUAAUAUGCUUCCUUUGGCUGAGAGUUUUUCGGUUUAAUCUGGUUUGGAUUCGGUUUCCCGCUCCUCAUGUAAUUUUUUGUCCGAGUUAAAAUCACAUUUUACAUGUUAAUCGUUGCUGUGGGUGAGAAAUUUUUGUAGCUUUGAUUAUUAACUAAAACAGUCUACGAGACUACA